CUCGCGCGCGUUUGGAUGUUGGAGGGCUCUCACAAAUUUGCACAUUGCCGUCCCUCCAAUUCCAAACUCCAUUUCCAUGAAUUCAACAGAAAUGAUUCUCACUUUCUCAAAAUUCCAAACUCAAACUUUCCAAUCUCCACUCCACCCUCCAAAAUCCAAAUGCAAACCAUUUCCCACCUCCAAUUCCACUACAUAUAAUUCUCCCUUCACUUCUUCUUCAACACAUCGUCUCUCCCCUCAAUCAAAUGGCAGUCCCUUCUCUUUCUGGAAACAAUGGCGACAAGGAGAACAUCCCAGGUUCUUCAUCUGUAAACCCACUUGUCCCAUUUUCUUCUUUUUCUCCCAAAAAGAAGAGGAAAUUAAGGGUGCCCCUCGAGGACAUCACCAAUCUUCUCUACCCAGGGCCUACGCCUUCUCUGCAAGAAAGCCCAUUUUCAGUUGACAGUGCUUCUUUGUGCCUUCUUGUUUGUUUGAUCUAUCAAAUGAAGAAUCGCCGUAAAAAAGUUGACACUUGGACAUUGAGGAAUCCAAGUGCUGCAGCUGCGACGUUGAGGAAGCACUUUAGUAACCGUCGCAGCUCGUCCUGUCAGGCCUAUAACAAUUGCGAGACGAGCACUAGAGGCUCAAUUUAGCAUGGAGAAGAUGAACCAAAGUGAACAUGAGUGGCCUGAAAGGGUAACCCCUGGAGGCCCUGAUGGAC